AUGUACGUCUUCAACUCCGACGAUGCAGCGGCAUGGCUACGCAAGCCUGGGGUACCAAGCCUGAUAAAUCAGGCAGCUGGGGAAGACACCGACGUAAGUCUACAGCUGAACAAUGUCGUAGUUCCAUUUGCUCCGACCACAAUUGACGUGAAGAAUACUGAAACAUGGCAAGGUAUAGAAAACAGCAGUGGACUAAACAGCGGGACCAUCCGCAGUGUGAAAUUCCUCAAAUCUGCGGAGUUUCACCACGAAGGACAGCGAGAAGCUCACUUGAUUAUAGGUUUUGACUCUAGAAGUCAAGCGAACAAAGUGAUACAGCAUGGCAUCAUCAUAGAAGGGAAGGAGCUCCAAGCCAACAAGGAGCUACCAGACGCAUCCCGAUGCAUCAAUUGCUCUGACCUACCCCGGAACCACGACACGAAGAACUGCCCUAAUACCACGAAAUGCGGGCGAUGUGCAGGUGGCCAUGCAACCAAGGAAUGCACAGUCACAGACCGGAAGAAAUUCCACUGUGUAAACUGCAAAACAUCAGGCCACGGGGCUGUGGAUCGGAAUUCAUGCCCCUCAUUCAUUAGGGCCACUGAUACCAUCCGCAGUCGAUACCCUGAAGCGAAGUAUAAGUACUUCGUUACUGAGGACCCCAUGACAUGG